UUAUUUAUUUCUCUAGAAAGCUAACACAUAUAAUAUCACCGCCAUGGAUAUGAACAUCGUUCAACUUUUCAUCAGGUUUUGUGUGUCGUAUGCAUAUCAUCGUUCUGUUCUCAAUCUCACAAAGCCAAAAAGAGAAGAACUGAUCUCCUUGUUAGAGGAAUGUUUGGUGAUGGCUCUUUUUGUACAUGAUACCAAGAUGAUUGUUCCCAUUUAUGUUGCACUUGGUAAUUUAUAUCAUCUCGUCCAUCAAGCAGCUAAAGCUAUCUAUUAUCUCCAGAACGUUCUAAGCCUUACUGGUAGAGGCCAUCAUGCUUUAGAGAUGGAAGUUAACCAAAAUUUAGGAAAUAUCUAUGAUUCAUUAGGAGAAUAUCACAAGGCGAUUGAAUAUCGCGAAAAGAGCAUGAGCAUAGCUAAAGAGAUUGGUGAUAGAAAGGGAGAAGGACGUGCUUAUGGAAACUUAGGGAUUGCCUAUAAUUCAUUAGGAGAAUAUCACAAGGCGAUUGAAUAUCACGAAAAGAGACUGAGCAUAGCUAAAGAGAUUGGUGACAGGCAGGGAGAAGGAAAUGCUUAUGGAAAUUUAGGGAAUGUCUAUCAGUCAUUAGGAGAAUAUCACAAGGCCAUUGAAUAUCACGAAAAGAUACUGAGCAUAGCUAAAGAGAUUGGUGACAGGCAGGGAGAAGGUAAAGCUUAUGGAAAUUUAGGGAAUGCCUAUCAAUCAUUAGGAGAAUAUCACAAGGCGAUAGACUAUUUUAAAAAAGAAAUAAACAUAGCUAAAGAGAUUGGUGACAGACAGGGAGAAGGAAAUACUUAUGGAAAUUUAGGGAUUGCCUAUAAUUCAUUAGGAGAAUAUCACAAGGCGAUUGAGUACUACGAAAAGACACUGAGCAUAGCUAAAGAGAUUGGUGACAGACAGGGAGAAGGAAAUACUUAUGGAAAUUUAGGGAUUGCCUAUUAUUCAUUAGGAGAAUAUCACAAGGCGAUUGAAUAUUACGAAAAGAGUCUGAGCAUAGCUAAAGAGAUUGGUGACAGACAGGGAGAAGGAACUGCUUAUGGAAAUUUAGUUAUUGCCUAUCAUUCAUUAGGAGAAUAUCACAAGGCGAUUGAAUAUCACGAAAAGAGACUGAGCAUGGCUAAAGAGAUUGGUGACAGAAAAGGAGAAGGAGCUACUUAUGGAUAUUUAGGGAAUGCCUAUUUUUCAUUAGGAGAAUAUCGCAAGGCGAUUGAAUAUUACGAAAAGAGUCUGAGCAUAGCUAAAGAGAUUGAUGACAGACAGGGAGAAGGAAAUGCUUAUGGAAAUUUAGGGAAUGUCUAUCGUUCAUUAGGAGAAUAUCACAAGGCGAUUGAAUAUCUCGAAAAGAGCAUGAGCAUUGCUAAAGAGAUUGGUGAUAGAAUAGGAGAAGGAGCUACUUAUGGAAAUUUAGGGAAUGUCUAUGAUUCAUUAGGAGAAUAUCACAAGGCGAUUGGAUAUCACAAAAAGAGACUGAGCAUUGCUAAAGAGAUUGGUGACAGACAGGGAGAAGGAAAUACUUAUGGAAAUUUAGGAGCUGUCUAUCAUUCAUUAGGAGAAUAUCACAAGGCGAUUGAAUAUCACGAAAAGAGUCUGAGCAUAGCUAAAGAGAUUGGUGACAGACAGGGAGAAGGAAAUACUUAUGGAAAUUUAGGGAAUGUCUCUCAUUCAUUAGGAGAAUAUCACAAGGCGAUUGAAUAUCUCGAAAACAUAGCUAAAGAGAUUGGUGACAGACAGGGAGAAGGAAAUACUUAUGGAAAUUUAGGGAUUGCCUAUCGCUCAUUAGGAGAAUAUCCCAAGGCGAUUGAAUAUUACGAAAAGACACUGAGCAUAGCUAAAGAGAUUGGUGACAGACAGGGAGAAGGAAAUACUUAUGGAAAUUUAGGGAAUGUCUCUCAUUCAUUAGGAGAAUAUCACAAGGCGAUUGAAUAUCUCGAAAAGUUCAUGAGCAUAGCUAAAGAGAUUGGUGACAGACAGGGAGAAGGAGCUGCUUAUGGAAGUUUAGGGAAUGCCUAUUUUUCAUUAGGAGAAUAUCGCAAGGCGAUUGAAUGUUACGAAAAGAGUCUGAGCAUAGCUAAAGAGAUUGCUGACAGACAGGGAGAAGAAAUUGCUUAUGGAAAUUUAGGAGCUGUCUAUCGUUCAUUAGGAGAAUAUCACAAGGCGAUUAAAUAUCUCAAAAAGAGACUGAGCAUUGCUAAAGAGAUUGGUGACAGACAGGGACAAGCCGUGUGUCAUCAUAAUAUAGGUGUUGUAUAUGAGGAUGAAUCGAUUAUUAAAGAUCUCAGCAAAUCAAAAGAACACCUAGAGAAGAGCUUACAAUGCUACGAGAAAUUGUUUGAUGAUUUAAAAGAUAAUGACCAAUUUAAGGUUUCAAUCGUCGAUACAUUCAUCACAGCCUACAAGACGCUCAGCCAAGUCCACAUUAAAUCUGGACAAAUCGAAGAAGCGCUCAUGGUAUGUGAACGUGGACGAGCACGUGCUUUGAGAGAUCUCUUGUACUUUAAAUAUAACACAACUGAGAAAACAGAAGCACAAGAACCAGAAUUUGCAGAUGUCAAAAGAAUUUCUUCAUAUAAAGAAGCCUGCAUUCUGUUUUACAAUCUUCAUCUUAACAAGGUAACUUAUGAUUGCUGGAUCAUAUCAACCCAAACUCCCUCAACAUUCUAUUAUGAUGAAAAGGAAAACAUCAAAGCUUUGGCAAAAAUUGUGUUGAGUCUGUCUGAAGAUGAUAAAACAAACUUGAAUACGGGAUAUUUUCAAUAUCUCGUUGACAACAGUUUUCGCCAGAUGAGUCUUCGAGAAGGAAUGAAAUGCGAUGAACAAUCGAUGAACUUACUAGACCAUGAAAACGGGGAGCCUGCAGGCGCUACAAAGUCUUCAAAUCUCAGAGAAACUACCCUCACAGUUUUUCGACGGGUUGACAGAUGGUGCGCUUCCGCGGACGAUGAAGAUGAUAUCGAGCCUCUCGAAGUGCUUUCCCGUAGACUUCUUUCUCCAGUAAUUAACCAGCUGACCCACGACGAGGUGAUCAUCAUCCCUGACGGUCCUCUGUUCACGGUGCCAUUUGCUGCUCUUCAAGAUCCAUUGACUGGCAAGUAUUUGUCGGAGACUAAGCUCAUUCGCUUGGCUCCUUCUCUGACGACGCUGAAAAUUCUACAAGAAUCCUCAGACGAAAAUUACGCUAAGUCAGGGGCGCUGAUCAUUGGAAACCCUACAGGGGAUUUACCUGGUGCAGAGAAAGAAGCCGUCGAGAUUGGUAACCUUCUCGGUGUUCAACCAUUGAUAGGAAAACAAGCAACAAAAGAAGUCAUUUUGGAGAAACUAAAGCGAGACGUGUCCGUGAUCCACUUUGCUGCACACGGCAGAGAUAAAAAUGGCCAGAUCUUACUUGCUCCUUCUACUCCUCCGAUGAAUUCGUGUCCAGCGGAUGACAAGGGCAACAUCUUGACCGUGAAGGAAGCACAGGAGAGCGGAAUUCGUGCUCAACUGGUUGUGCUGAGCUGUUGUCACAGCGGUAAAGGUGACAUCAGGUCUGAGGGAGUGGUUGGAAUUGCUCGAGCCUUUCUUGCUGCAGGAGCUCGUGCUGUUGUAGCGUCAUUAUGGGCCAUUGACGACAGAGCAACAAAAUUCUUCAUGCUGAAAUUGUAUUCGCAUCUCAAGAAUGGAGAGAGUGCGAGUAAAAGUCUUCAACAAGCAAUGAAGGAGAUGAGAGAAAUAGAGAGAUACAAGGAACCAAAAUACUGGGCAGCCUUCUUUCUAAUUGGAGACGAUGUAACCAUCACAGUGUAAUAGAAUUGUUGGUCGAACAUUUUUAGAACAUUGAUAAGUUUAGUUUUGUAGUUUUCAUAGAUUAAUGUGCCUUGACUGACAAAGUGCAAAUACUAAAAUUAGAGUGACCGCUCUUAAACCGUCCAACUGUACAAACUAAAUAGUGCUAUUUAGUUGUAUUUAGUAAAUCGUGCAUGUGGUACGAAAAUUAAAUUGAAUUGAUACAAAUGAAGAAUUCAAUACCAUCUUGUUUCCAGUCCACUUUUAGUACUAAUUAUAUAGCCACAUAUUAAUCCCAAAUAGGUAAA